GCGGGCGUCAGUGGCCAUGGCGGAUACAGCGACUACAGCAUCGGCAGCAGCGGCAAGUGCCGCUAGCGCCUCGACAGAUGCACCUCCUUUCCAGCUGGGCAAACCCCGCUUCCAGCAGACGUCCUUCUAUGGCCGCUUCAGGCACUUCUUGGAUAUUAUCGACCCUCGCACACUCUUUGUCACUGAGAGACGUCUCAGAGAGGCUGUGCAGCUGCUAGAGGACUAUAAGCAUGGGACCCUGCGACCAGGGGUCACCAAUGAACAGCUCUGGAGUGCACAGAAAAUCAAGCAGGCUAUUCUACACCCGGACACCAAUGAGAAGAUCUUCAUGCCCUUUAGGAUGUCAGGUUACAUUCCUUUUGGGACGCCAAUUGUAGUCGGUCUUCUUUUGCCCAACCAGACACUGGCAUCCACUGUCUUCUGGCAGUGGCUGAACCAGAGCCACAAUGCUUGUGUCAACUAUGCAAACCGCAACGCUACCAAGCCUUCACCUGCAUCCAAGUUCAUCCAGGGCUACCUGGGAGCUGUCAUCAGUGCUGUCUCCAUCGCUGUGGGCCUUAAUGUCCUGGUUCAGAAAGCCAACAAGUUCACCCCGGCCACCCGGCUUCUCGUCCAGAGAUUUGUGCCCUUCCCUGCCGUAGCCAGCGCCAAUAUCUGCAACGUGGUCCUGAUGCGGUACGGGGAGCUGGAAGAAGGGAUCGAUGUCCUGGAUGGUGAUGGCAACCUUGUGGGCUCCUCCAAGAUCGCAGCCAGACAUGCCCUGCUGGAGACGGCGCUGACACGAGUGGUCCUCCCCAUGCCCAUCCUGGUGCUCCCUCCGAUCGUCAUGUCCGUGCUGGAGAAGACGGCUCUCCUGCAGGCACGUCCCCGGCUACUCCUCCCUGUGCAAAGUCUCGUGUGCCUGGCAGCCUUCGGUCUGGCCCUGCCUCUGGCCAUCAGCCUCUUCCCACAGAUGUCAGAGAUCGAAACAUCCCAGUUAGAGCCUGAGAUUGCCCGGGCCACCAGCAGCCGGACAGUGGUGUACAACAAGGGGCUGUGAGUGGGGGCAGCUGGCCUGGGGGUGCAGCUUUGUCCAGCCCGGGGAGUUGGGGGCGGGAAAGGAGUCUCAUGAGCAGCACCUGCAGGGAGGGGCAAGCUGACCCCACCAGUUCUGGACCACCUGGGGGGGUGUCUCCAUCCACAGCGGUAGGGAGACUAAUCUAUUCACAUGUUAACAUAAGGGAGAGGAAUUCUGACACAUUUCCUAUAAAAAUAAUCAAGUGCAUUUCUGGGCCUUACGUGGGGUUGUCAAAACUCUACUCAGCACAAUUAUGUGUGAAGCUGAAAAACUGUAGAGUGCCCACAGGGUAGAAUUAGGAUCCUUUUAUACUUUUUUUUUAAUUUUUUUUUUUUUAUUAGAAUCAAGCCUUGGCCACAGCUGCCCAGAUGCUGUCAGCAAGUGGUCUGGUGGUGGGAGUAAGAGUAGCCUGUGAGCUGGUUGGUUUGGUGGCCAGGCUGGUAGAUUUAAGAUAUUACCAUGGCCA